CCCCGAAGUGCGGAGCUGGAGCGCGAGAGAGCUCGGCGGUGGCGCCUCCUCCGCCACCAAACUCCUGGGCUCAGCGGGGGCUUGGGGCCACCUCCUCCUGCUCACCAGGAGGAGCCCUCUCCAGAGCUUCCAGCCUGACUCCCCCACCCCCUUUUCUUUAUUUUGGAUCUUCCUCUCUCGGUCUUUCUACAAACACAUUUCCCUCCCUCUGGCUUCGGACCUCAGGCUGCAGCAGCCCGGACCUUCCCAGGGCUCAGCUUCCCGGCGUUGCCCGUCGCUCCGGCGGCCGGAGAGGACGCGUGCCCAGCACUGGGCAAAGCAAAGAAAAAAAAAAAGAAAAAAAAAAAAAAAAAAAACAACUUGUCGGAGGGGUUUUGCCAGCAGCCCGCAGUCACUCAAUUUCCAGCCAAUCCAACCUCCCGCGGGGCUCUCUCAAGACAGGGGAAAGUUCCUCCGGAGCCCGCAGCCCUCUUCGAUUUGGAGGUGGCACCAGCGACAGCUGUGGAAUUAGAUUUGUUUUGAACUCAGCGGAGCGCAGCGCGGGGACUCGGAAGUCACCGAUUGCGGGUACCCGGGCGACGCUGCUUCUGCUGCUCUGGUGCAGCCCGGAGUUUGUGAACCCUGAAUGCGAGCUGCUUUUCCUCCUGGUAACUGUUUUGUGUCGGGUGCGGGCUGCGAGGGUGGUAAGUUGCAAAGAAAGAUCCGGAGGUCCGGAGAGCGCUGCGCUCCCCUUCGCCUUCCCUGCUUGCUGUCCUCGGGCGUGAAAUCCCAGAGACAUUCAAGGCCUCAGGAGUCCACCAAGACCUUUCCGCAGGGCUUGGCUUCCUCUCCCCCAGCCCCACUGUGAGUCUGGGACGCCGGGGAAGGACUGUCAGGACGCAGGAGGGAGGUAAAGGCAGAGGCAUGGCGAGGUUUCCGAGGGCCGACCUGGCCGCUGCAGGAGUUAUGUUACUUUGCCACUUUUUAAUCGACGGGCUUCAGUUCACCGAAGGGAAGCCUGGAAACCGAAUCAAAGAGUGGAGGUAUGAAGUGGCUCAUGCCUUCCCUCCAACAGAAGAGGAGGUGGAAGUGGCCUCACAUGUACACAGCCACAGGUGGAAAAGGAGUAUGGAGACCCUGAAGGCCGUGGACACAAACCGUGCCAGCAUGGGCCAAGACUCUCCAGACUCCAGAGGCUUCACUGAUCUGGUGCUGGAUGAUGGGCAGGACAACACCACCCAGAUUGAGGAGGAUACAGAUCACAAUUAUUACAUAUCUCGGAUAUAUGGUCCAUCUGAUUCUGCCAGCCGGGACUUGUGGGUGAAUAUUGACCAAAUGGAAAAAGAUAAAGUAAAGAUUCAUGGAAUAUUGUCCAAUACUCAUCGGCAAGCUGCAAGAGUGAAUCUGUCCUUCGAUUUUCCAUUUUAUGGCCAUUUCCUACGUGAAAUCACUGUGGCUACCGGGGGUUUCAUAUACACUGGAGAAGUUGUGCAUCGAAUGCUUACAGCUACACAGUAUAUCGCACCUUUAAUGGCAAAUUUCGAUCCCAGCGUGUCCAGAAACUCAACGGUCAGAUACUUUGAUAACGGGACAGCCCUGGUCGUCCAGUGGGAUCAUGUACAUCUCCAGGAUAAUUACAACCUGGGGAGCUUCACAUUCCAGGCAACACUCCUUAUGGAUGGACGCAUCAUCUUCGGAUACAAAGAAAUUCCUGUCUUGGUCACAGAGAUAAGUUCAACCAAUCAUCCAGUGAAAGUGGGGCUGUCUGAUGCAUUUGUCGUUGUCCACAGGAUCCAACAAAUUCCCAAUGUUCGAAGAAGAACUAUUUAUGAAUACCAUAGAGUGGAGCUACAGAUGUCAAAAAUUACCAACAUUUCAGCUGUGGAGAUGACCCCGUUACCUACUUGUCUCCAGUUCAACAGUUGUGGCCCGUGUGUGGCCUCUCAGAUUGGCUUCAACUGCAGCUGGUGUAGUAAACUUCAAAGACUUGAGUCAAAAGAGAAGAUGUGCGAGAACACAGAGUCAGUGGGAACCUCUCAAACCACCACAAGCAUCCACUCAACAACCACACAGUUCAGGGUCCUAACUACCACACGAAGAGCAGCAACGUCCCAGCUGCCCACCAGCCUGCCCACAGAAGAUGAUACAAAGAUAGCACUACAUCUAAAAGAUAAUGGAGCCUCAACAGAUGACAGUGCAGCCGAGAAGAAAGGGGGGACCCUUCACGCUGGCCUCAUCGUUGGAAUCCUUAUCCUGGUUCUCAUUGUAGCAGCAGCCGUCCUAGUGACAGUCUACAUGUACCACCAUCCGACGUCAGCCGCCAGCAUCUUCUUCAUUGAGAGACGCCCAAGCAGAUGGCCUGCGAUGAAGUUUCGAAGAGGUUCUGGACACCCUGCCUAUGCUGAAGUUGAACCAGUGGGAGAAAAAGAAGGUUUUAUUGUAUCAGAGCAGUGCUAAAAUUUCUAGGACAGACUAGCACCAGUACUGGCUUACAGGUGUUAAGACUAAAAUUUUGCCUAUAUCUCUAAAACACACACACACACACACACACACACACACACACACACACACACGAGUCCCAAGCUGCUGUAGCCUGAAGAAGACAAGAUUUCUGGACAAGCCCAGCCCAGGAAGGUUAAAAGUGAAACUAAAACGUAGAGAAGAUGCCAUUACAUUGCACAUAGACUCCCUAGCAGGGUGGCAUCUGCAGUUCACUGGGAACAUCUCUCGUGGACUUACCAGAAAUGUGACAAGAUCACAGUACUUUUUGGCUUAGGUGCAGGGUUGGAAAGGGAUUGAGAAAAAUUUAAUAAUAAAGCUUUAGUUCACAGGGGA